AUGCUACUAUCAGACAGAAAUAAAAGUGAGGCAACAUUCAUCCUCUUGGGUUUCUCAGACUACCCGGAACUGCAAGGCCCAUUCUUCAUGAUCUUUCUCAUCAUCUAUACUAUCACUGUGGUUGGGAAUAUUGGCAUGAUCUUCAUAAUCAAAAUUAACCCCAAAUUGCACACCCCUAUGUACUUUUUCCUCAGCCACCUCUCCUUUGUGGAUUUCUGCUACUCCUCCAUUGUUGCUCCCAAGAUGCUCAUGAACCUAGUUGUAAAAGACAGAAGCACUUCUUUUGUAGGAUGUCUGAUACAAUUUUUCUUCUUUUGUACUUUUGUGGUAACUGAGUCGUUUUUAUUAGGGGUGAUGGCUUAUGACCGGUUUGUGGCCAUCUGCAACCCACUGCUCUAUACUGUGGCCAUGUCACAGAAGCUGUGUGUCUUGCUGGUGGUGGGGUCUUAUGCAUGGGGUGUAGCAUGCUCCUUGAUUCUGACGUGCUCUGCUAUCAACUUAUCUUUCCAUGGUUUCAAUACCAUCAAUCAUUUUUUCUGUGAGUUCUCAUCUCUGCUCUCACUUUCAUGCUCUGACACUCAUAUCAACCAUUUGCUGCUUUUCAUUUUUGCCACUUUUAAUGAAGUCAGCACCCUCCUCAUCAUUCUCACGUCCUAUGUGUUCAUCGUCGUUACCAUCCUCAAGAUGCAUUCCGCCAGUGGGCGUCGCAAAGCCUUCUCCACCUGCGCCUCCCACCUGACCGCCAUCACCAUCUUCCACGGCACCAUCCUGUUCCUGUACUGUGUGCCCAACUCCAAGAACUCUAGGCACACAGUCAAAGUGGCAUCUGUGUUCUACACAGUGGUGAUACCCAUGUUGAACCCUCUGAUCUACAGUCUCAGGAAUAAGGAUGUCAAAGAAACAGUGAGCAAAAUACUAGACACUAAAGUCUCUUCUUAUUAA